AUGGAGCCCGCACGGGAUGAGUGGCACCCCGAAAUCACAGUGCUUGCCAACCGGCCCGAUCUCUUGGAAGCAUUCACACUUAGCACUCUCACCGAUGAAACACUUGGAUUAGAAGAAGCUUUUGAAUGCCCUUUCACCUUCCUCUCUCUACCUCACCCUCACCUUCUUCCCUCCUUGUUCCUUUUACCAUCACGAUACUUCUUACUCUCUGUCAGAUGUGCUCAUCCUGACACCCUCUGCCCCCAUUCUCUUCAUCCUCACACCAUUUGCUCCGACAUCCACACCCUCAUACUCUUCACUCCUGAGGGCCACCAGCCAGGGACGAUGAGCUCCCAAAACCUGACCCCGGCCAGUACCCCGGCUAGUACCCCGCUAGUGCCAGUCACGAGCCCAGGUACCGCGUCAAACAGACGCUCUGAUGAUCUUGGUCACAGUGACCACCUAGGGGUCCCGGCCCAUAGCAGCCAAGUCAUUGGUACACCUGUUGUGCUCCCCACCACCUCAAGUGGUAUUGAUGAGAUGCAGCCUGCCCAGCUAGCUGCAUAUAUUUUCACCCUACCAUAUGUGGUAGCCAGAAAUGGGCGCCUUAUCAAGGGAAAGAUACUACGUCAGAUCAUUGACUUUCCAGCCCGGCGCGAGCUUGUUCUGCGACCAGCUAAGCCUAUGUCUACUGGGCGGCUGAACGAUAUGCUUACCAAGAAACUCUACCGUGUGGAGGCAGCGGUCAUGCAGAUUGUUGGGACAGUGCAACUGGCGACUUGCAGGCAUUGCUUGCAAGAGAAUGGCCCAUUCAACCAAUGUGUUAUCGUAACUGGGCACAUUCCUUGUGCCAACUGCCAAUGGACCGGAGAUGGACAGCGAUGCAGCUUCCUUCCUCAGGCUGGCCCCAGCUCCCGCUCUGCGACAAUGCCCUCGCCAUCUGGUCAUCGUCGCAGCCAGUCCUCUCUCUCAUCCAGCGCCUCCCGAGAGAGUGGAGAUAAUGAAAAUUUGACCGGGACCGGUACCGACAACAACUUGAACGUGAAUGCUGGGGGGUCUAUGAGCAAGGUAGCUGACCUAGUAGACGAGGCCAAUCUGUCUACAAACUGCCCAGCUCUCACACAGGCAAUUGCGGGCCUACAGUUUGACAUUACUACGAUGCGUCACUAUCUUGAGCUUUGA